AGCGGAGCGGGGCGGCGGCGGAGGAGCCGGGCGCACAGCGGGGAGGACGGAGCUCACCUCCUCUGCAGCGCCCAUGGGGACAGGACGACUUUAAAGGAGUUUUGAGAGGGGGGGGUGUUUCUGGCGCUGGGCGACCACGGAUCCGGCGAUUCCUGCCCUCGCCUCGCCCUGUCAUUGAUGGGAAAUCAACUGGAUCGCAUCACCCACCUGAAUUACAGCGAGCUGCCGACCGGGGACCCCUCGGGGAUCGAGAAAGACGAGCUGCGCGUCGGGGUGGCUUACUUCUUUUCGGAUGAGGAGGAGGACCUGGACGAGCGAGGCCAGCCAGACAAGUACAGCGUGAAGGGCUCCGGCAGCCCUGGCCAGGAGACGCCCACCCACCACCUCCACCACCAGCUGGUGCUGAACGAGACCCAGUUCUCCGCUUUCCGCGGCCAGGAAUGCAUCUUCUCCAAGGUCAGCAGCGGCCCCCAGGCUGGGGACCUCAGCGUCUACUCGGUGUCAGCCCUGCCUGCCCUCUGCAAGCCGGGGGACCUGCUGGAGCUGCUCUACCUGGGGCCGUCGGAGCACCCGCCGCCGCACUGGGCAGUGUACGUGGGCAGCGGGCAGAUCAUCCACCUGCACCAGGGGCAGAUCCGGCAGGACAGCUUGUACGAGGCGGCCGCGGGCAACGUGGGCCGGGUGGUGAAUAGCUGGUACCGCUUUCGCCCGCUGGUGGCUGAGCUGGUGGUGCAAAACGCCUGCGGGCACCUGGGCUUAAAAAGCGACGAGAUCUGCUGGACUAACUCCGAGAGCUUCGCCGCCUGGUGCCGCUUCGGGAAAAGGGAGUUCAAAGCCGGGGGGGAGCUGCAGGCUGCUGCCGGCACCCAGCACCAGCAGCAGUACUAUCUCAAGAUCCACUUGGCGGAGAACAAGGUGCACACGGGUAUGCCAUGGUCUUCUGACAUCAAGAGAAGUGAGUUAAAUAUGUGGGGUUUGACAUAUUGCUACUUACUGGAGGAAAAAUAUCAAGGAGCACUACACUUUGCAAUAAUGAAGUACCCUUUUAGAAUGAACUAUGCUGCUACUGACUUGUGUAUGUAUAAAUAAAAGAAUGCUCCAGUGAAGUAUCCAUCCAUCUUUCUCUUUGGCAUAUUUUAAUGGAUAGUGCCACAAAGGUUGUUUUUUUUUUUUUUCAUAAUUUGAAUGUUUUUCCCCUCACUGUAAUAUUUUGAAAGCAUAACACUGAAAUUAGCUCUGUUCUGUUGUUCAGACAGACUCACCUAUUGUUGUAUAGUUGUUCCUAAGUAAAGAGGUGGCUGGCAUUGAUAUUUCUUGACUUUUCUCAUCUUAUCUUUCUUUGAACUGAUAUGUUUAUUUCAAAAGCUAAAUUGUGGGACUUUGAACAGCACUUACUAUUGACUUGACGUUUUCCCCAUUGAACUCAUUGGUGAACUUUCACUAAAGUUAUCUGGGACACAUUCAGGCUAACACUGGCAGCUUUUAGAAAUUUUACCUCAUGGAUACAGGGUAAAAAUCAUCUCUGUCAAGACCUGAGAGUGCUGCGCGUGGACUGGAUUGCUGAGUCCUUCGCAGAUGAAAUUUAAUUUCAAGAACUAGAAUAGCCCAGUUAUUCCACGUCCUCACCCAUGAAGUUUUUGUCUCACCUGAUAUAAGAUUAUGGAACUUUUUACCUGUCCAAAAGUCUUCCUCCUCAUCAAACCACCUGUGGGUGAUAUAAGGGGCCUUUUUCCCUGAACAAGUCCAUCACUUGAAAUCACUGUUACAGGGACUGUCAGAACUGAAUCCUUGCCCAGAGAAUAUUGUCAUUUCCAGAGGUUGUGGAAGAAGAGUAACUCACUCGCCUAUCUUGCUAAAGUCCUUUAAUGAAAGAAUUUUUAUUUAAAUAAAUAAAUAAGUAUAUUGCUACUGAAAGCAGAUCCAGUAUAACAAAUCAUGGACCGCCAUAACAUUGCUGGUAAUUAAAACAUCUGACUGAGCAUCAGCAACAGAUACUCUUAAGAAACUUAGAUUGCGUGUUAAGCUACAACUUCAUUGUACAGAGGUAUCUUAGAUGAAUGCAAAGACCUGUUAAUGUUUAUCAUAGAACUAUAUGAUACAAAUGCUUAUUUGCUAAUAUGACACAGCCCUACUUCAUCUUUAAAUUCAAACCUCGUUACAUGGUAUGUCUGCCUACCUGACAGACUCUCUGGAUUAGUAUUUCCAGCCUGUGCUGACUUUAUACCAUUGAUUCUUCUGUUAGGUGUAAUCAAAGGUCAUUAAUAUUGAAAAGUUCACUUUAAUUGACCCAUCGACUCAUUUUAAUUAUGGCAAUAUAAAAGAGUGUCAAGUGCUAGACCCCUACACAAAGGGUCAGUUAAUAUGCAGAUUCAGCCUGGCAGGAAUGUUGCCUGGGUCCCAUUAGCUCUAGCUGAGGACUGUUAAGAGUUUCCUACUUCUUUAUCUCUCUUUUGAUUUGAAAGGAUAAGGGAAAAAAGAUUGGCAGAAGAAAAAAGGUUCUACAAAAAAAGGUCAUCCUCAGCAGAAAUCUUGGGCUGUUCUUUUAUAUUUAUGCUUUGUAUACAGAUAAACUCAGAAACAUGCAGAUAAAACUUUCACUGUGUUAGGAGCAACAAUUAUAGAAAUGAUACCCUUUAAAUUUUGGAAUGCUAGAAGCUUGCAUACGUAUGCUGAAUAAAGAGGAUAAUCUUUUGCUUUUCCAUUUCACAGCAUGCUAGCAACUCUUCUUAAUCCAUAGGAACACAAAGUUGAGUUCACUGUCUGCUGAUAAUGUACCCCAACAGCAAUAGAAAUGUCAAAUGUUUGCAUACUGCAAGUGAUAUCAGUGCUGAAAACCUAUCUUUAAUUUCAUUCUCCUGAAAUCCUUAAUCUCAUACAUACCUUUGAGCUUUUAAUGACUUUCCUAAGAAUAAAGUCCAAGAUAACAUGAAUGGAAAUAAAGCAGGAACAUAAAAUGUCAGAGGAAGAAUUUGUUUCAUGUUCAGCUAUGGACUGUAAUAUAUUUCUUAUUUUCUUGAAACAGGAAUAAGAUUUGUAUCGAUAUUUAGGGAGCAGUUCAGUUUGCAAGACCCAUAGACCUUUUUUUCAAAAUUCAAGUAUGUUUUACUGAAACAAACAAUGCUAAGGAAAAGGAAAAUGUACCAUUUUCAGUUUAAUAGAGUUGUCACAUUGUCAGGAAAACUCAAGUCUUAUUCUUUAGUUGUUCCUAAUCUUAUAUGAACUAGUUACAGACUAAAUAGCUCAAAACCAGGAAACACUUAAUUUUGUAUUAGUUUUGUUCACAAGGUCAGAGUUUUACAAAUACGACUAGUCAUUUGUGGUACCUCGUCUGCCUUCUCAGUACUUUACUGAAGAUCUCCAAACUGGUUACUUUUUCCAGACAAUGUCAAACUUCUGCCGCCUGAAAAUGAAGUCCCCAAGCAGACUCCAGUCAGAAACCCAUCGUUGAAGACAGCUUAAGUAGAGGUUGGAAAAUAUUACUCACAUAUUUUAAAAAGCUUUCAUAGCUGUAACGUAAAUCUUACAAAACAUAGAAUUCAAUAUCAUAUUCUACUAAACAUUAAAUAGUUUAGGAUUUUUAAACAUACAAGUUAGCACUAGUGUGUUACAUGCACAAAAGGUAGCUGCUAAGCAGUUUAUCUUAAAAAUGAACCCACUAUAUCUUGAAGGAGAGAUGUAGAGGUUGAAAAGGUAUUCCUUAAAUCUGAUUUAUGAGCUAAUCUACCCUCUCUUGGUGAG